UCGUGGAUGCCUCUAGUUCCGGGUCCUCGGAGCAGUCUUUGCCGCGGUGCAUGCUGGGUCCUUCCUUUCCAUCCCAGCUCGUUUCGCAGUCAUGGGGAAGUGUCGUGGUCUGCGUACUGCCAGGAAACUGCGCAAUCACCGCCGUGAGCAGAAAUGGCAUGACAAACAAUACAAGAAGGCCCACCUGGGCACCGCCCUGAAGGCCAACCCCUUCGGAGGAGCUUCUCACGCCAAGGGCAUCGUCCUGGAGAAAGUUGGAGUGGAAGCCAAGCAGCCCAACUCUGCCAUCAGGAAGUGUGUGAGAGUUCAGCUCAUCAAAAACGGCAAGAAGAUCACAGCCUUCGUCCCAAACGAUGGUUGCCUCAACUUCAUCGAGGAAAACGACGAGGUUCUGGUGGCCGGUUUCGGGCGAAAGGGUCACGCUGUGGGGGACAUUCCCGGAGUUCGUUUCAAGGUGGUCAAAGUGGCCAACGUGUCUCUGCUGGCGCUCUACAAGGGCAAAAAGGAGAGACCCAGGUCAUAAACUGAUGAGACUGCAGAGAAAAUAAAGAUUUUCAAUUACAAA